UAGUGACUGGUAGCACAAUUGUUUGAUCGCUCAGACAUGAGGUUCACCGUAGUAGCGCUUCUUGCGGGGCUCUGUGCCCUGGCUUUGGCCCACCCCCAACACAAAAUCACUGACAAGCAGUUCCUGGAGAGACAAAGAGACAUUUUCCGACUUUUCAAGUACGUGAACCAACCCAGCUACUACAAGGACCAUGUCGAAAUCGCGCAGAACUACAACAUCCACGAACACUACGACUACUACACUAAACCCGAGGUUGCAAAGUACUACUACCAAAUCUACAAGUACGGGUUGCUUCCAAGGGGUGAGAUCUUCUCAGUGUUCUAUGAAGAGCACCUGCAGCAAGCCAUCGCUCUCUACAAACUUUUCUACUACGCCAAAGACUAUGAAACUUUCUACAAGACUGCUGUCUGGGCUCGUCAACAUGUCAACGAAGGUGUUUAUUUGUACUCACUGUCUGUUGCUAUAGUCCACCGGGCUGACACCUACGGGGUUAUUUUGCCCCCAAUCUACGAAAUCUACCCGUACUACUUUUAUAAUAACGAAGUCAUCCAACAAGCGUACCGGUACAAGCAACAGUACUACGGACAAGGGGCCCAACAAGGUGAAGAGCACGGUAGCUACCAUGGUUACACCAUCAAUGCUAACUACUCCGGGUACUACUUGAACCUCCACCCUGAACAGUCUCUGUCGUACUUCACUGAAGAUGUAGGUGUCAACGCGUUCUACUACUACUACAAUAUCUUCUACCCUCACUGGCUGGGUGGUGACGAAUACGACUACGAGCACGACCAUCGUGGCGAACAGUACUACUACGUGUAUCAACAAAUCUUAGCCCGGUACUACUUGGAACGUCUUUCUAACGGUUUCGGAGAAAUUCCGUUCUACAAUUGGGAAGUGCCGUUCGAGACUGGGUACUAUCCGUCGCUGCAGUACCCCAACGGGUUGCAAUUCCCAACGAGGCCCAACUAUGCCCACUUGUAUGAAUAUUUCUACAACUAUGGUCAGAGGUACGGAAACAACAAGUACGCCUACAGUUACACCCACGUCCAAGACUAUGAAAGAAGAAUCAGUGAAGCCAUCGACAGAGGAUACGUCUACACACAUGACGGCGAAAAAGUCAAUCUAUACACCGAAGAAGGCUUCAACGUUCUUGGUAACUUGGUCGAGUCCAACCCCGACUCACCCGAUAGGUACUACUACGGAGCUUUGCACGUCUACGCCCGUCACCUCCUAGGGUACUCAUACCAACCCGUAGACAAGUACCACGUGGCUCCUUCAGCCCUCGAGCACUACGAAACGUCCCUCCGUGACCCAGCUUUCUACCAAUUCUACAAGAGAAUCGUCUUGUACUUCCAGAAAUACAAAUCUCGUCUACCCUCUUACACCGAACAAGAUUUGUACUUCCAGGGUGUUGAAGUAAAGAAUGUCGAGUUCGACCGUCUUGUCACCUACUUCGACUACUUCUACUCCGAUGUGAGCAACGCUGUGUUCGUCACUCCUCAAGAAUACGAAAACGAUAAAGUACAAAUCCGAGUUCGUCAAGAGCGUCUCAACCACAAACCUUUCACCUACAAGAUCUACGUUCAAUCCGAGAAGGAACAAGAAGCUGUCGUGAGGGUGUACCUUGGACCUAAGUACGAUGAGUACGGACGGUACUUCAACAUCAGCCAGAACCGUCUUAACUUCGUCGAGUUCGAGCACUUCAAGUACCAACUGAAGGCUGGCGAAAACGUGAUCGAACGUAACUCGCACCAGAACUACUUCUUCGAGAAUGAUCGUACUAGUUACAAGGAGUUGUACCAGCAGGUUGUUGGUGCUUUGGAAGGUAACGGGGAGUUCAGUGUGGACGCCGAUGAGGCCUAUUUCGGUUUCCCAAGGAGAUUCUUGUUGCCGAAGGGUACUUAUGGUGGUCAAGAAUUCCAGUUCUAUGUGAUCGUGAGCCCGUAUGUUCCGUACAAGCACCACCAGGAAGAGUAUGACGAUUCUAAGUACUAUUAUCCAAGAGUGGGUUCUGGUGCCCAACAUAUUGACAAUUAUCCAUUUGGAUAUCCAUUUGAUCGUCCGAUCCACUACGACCAGAUCUUCUACAACAUCCCCAACUCGUACUUCUACACCACGAAAGUCUACCACAGACAUGUUGAUGAUAUCAACACUUCCACUUCUACCAGCCAUCAUCAUUAGGGUACCACGACGAAAAGUUCCGAUGUCUUUCAAUGAAUCUUAUGACUUGUAUUAUUUGGAUUAAUAAACUGCAUACACAACA